AUGUAUAGCACUAAGACUUGUGAGCAGAAGGAAGCCCAGCUGAUUCCUAAGGUCCAGGAAGCAGUGAACUACGGUCUGAUGGUGCUGGACUCUGCAUUUGAGCAGCUGGACAUCAAGGCAGGAAACUCUGACUCGGAGGACGAGGAGGCCACAGACAGAGUGGAACCCAUACUGGAGCCCAAGGACCUGUAUGUGGACAGGCCUUUACCAUAUCUGAUUGGCUCUCAGGUCUUUAUGGGGCAAGAAGACGUUGGACUGGGAGACCUCUCCAGUGAAGAAAUGUCAGUCGACAGUGAUCACGACACCGUGAUUGUGAGCGAAGAUGGCAAAGAUGCUAACCAGUCAGACGAUGACUUCGACCAGGAUGAGGAGGGGCCAGGCACCAUUAAGAAGAAGAAGUUGUCUAUGUUGAGUGAUGAUGAAGACGAGGAGGGAGAUUCAGACAUAUUCGGAGAAUCGGACGAAGAUGAUGAUGACAGAAAGUCUUUGUGUCACAUUCAGAACCCAAGACCAUCAUCCUUUGCUGAUGAGUUGCUGAUGAGUUGGCGGCCAGAAUCAAAGGGCAAGCCAGAGGGAGAUCGCACAUCUGAUGAUGACAGCGAGGAGUUAUUCGGGCCACCCAAGAUGGAGGACGAGGACUUCUCUCCGUUUGGAGGAAAAGGGGGCCUCUUCAGUGGGGGGAGAGGACUGUUUGAUGAUGAGGGGGAUCUGUUCUCUGAUCCACCUAAACAGCCUGUAGCGGAGGAGACCACAGAACCUGUCAAGCCUGCUAAGAAGAUUCCUUCAGGGGCUGUGCCAAUUUUCCCAGAGAACAGCCUGUUUGGCACUCCUAAUGACUCUGACUCAGUGGAGGGUAGAGAGAACGGCAGUCCAGCCAAACCCAUCAAGACCGCUUUAGGGGGGCUGUUUGACGAUGAGGAGAAUCACUUCACCGGCGAAAGCCUUAAUAAAUCCAACUCGGCUGGACAGGAGGAACCCAAGCAGAAGAAGACAGUGGAUCUGUUUGGAGGAGGUGAUGAGGAUGGUGACAUCUUCAUUGAAAGCUCUGGUGUUCUGCCCCCUCUACAGAGCAGGAGGGAGGUGGUGGAGGAGGAAGAACAGAUGCCAGCAGAUGUCUCCAUGUUUGGUCCUGGUACCAAGACCCUGCUGACUGAGACACUAAAGAAGCAACGGCCCUCCACCAGUGAAGAGUCAGAGGAGAUAUGUCCAACCAUCCCUAAGAGUCAGUCCAAGCCUGAACCGACACUUCAGAGCAAAGCUCUUCUGUCCAUAUUUGUUGACGAGGAGGAUGAGGAUCUGUUUGCGUCUGCGAAGAAGUCUAAAUCAAGCCAAACAGAAGAUGCCACACCACAAGUCAAGAAAACUGUCUCUAGUGCCCUCUUCAGUGAUGACGAGGACCAUUGGAUGAGCUCCAAGCAUAGUGCAGGAAAGACUGGAGGGAGGAAGUCCAGUGAUAGCAACCCUUAUCGUCUACCCAGUGUCAAAGCAGAUCCUUUCGACAGCCUGUUCGAUGAGUAUGAUGACGAUCUCUUUGCUGCUACCAAGGAGUUGAGUCCGAAGAAGCCACAGAGAGCGUCUCUCCUGUUUGAAGAUGAGACUGAGGAUGGCGAAGAUAAGGGAUCCCUCUUCGUCUUCAAACCAGCCAUAAACAACAGCUCUACUCUAGCUGACCCUAAAGCUGCUGCUGUGGCCUCCCCAGCCCCCUCACGGGUCCACACAGACAAACCUGAGGAGGUGACGGCACCUCCUCCCCCAGUGGAGAAGAGGCGUGCAGAGGAGAGGGCAGCGAAGGGUCCUGAGGGACAGCCCCUGUCCUCUCUACUAGAGUGCAGUGAGAGUAAGAAGAAGCCAGUAGGGGCCGUCAGUCUGUUUGGAGGGAUCAACGUGCUGGGAGACCGACUGGGAGCAGCCAAGACUAAGAGCCCAUUGGACGAGACGGAUGGUGAUGACUUCCUGUUUGAGAGCCAGCCCCCCAUGGAAAAGGAUUCCAAAAUGAAGAACACCGUCAGUCUGUUUGAUGAUGAGGAGGGUGCUGACUGGACUGUCCCUAUCUCCAUACCUAGCAAACCAGCUGCCAUGAACACACUAAAGCCUGCAGAGGAGCGUCCUCAUACCAAGAGCAGUACCGGGGUGUUCCAGGAUGAGGAACUGCUCUUCAGUCACACUCAGCAGAGAGACAACCACCCCGACGUUGACAUCUUCGCCACCCCUGACAAGUUUGUGAGGUUCAGGCCCAGUAAUGCUAGUAGCUCAGUGAAGCCCAGCUCAGUGAGGUCGGCAGCCUCAACACUUUUUAGUGAUGAAGAUGACCUCUUCAGCUCUGUCAAUCCCAAAGCUCUUCGGACGGUACCCUAUUCAAUCAAUACAAUAACAACUUGAUUAAUUUACUGAUGACUUCGCCCUCAGUCCUUGUCUUUCAUUUGACCUCAGAAAGUAUCGGCGAAGCCCAGUGAACCCGGUAAAGACGAGCCAUCCCCAAAACCUUCUGUCACAGAACCAGUCACAGGGAGUGAGACCAACCUGGUGAUCAACCCUGUUGCCCUCCUACCAGGCCUGAGCCCCAGCUCCUCAGGCCUCAGCCCCAGUCCAGCAUGGACCCAGUCCCCCAGCGAAGGAGGGCUUAGCUUCGACCGCCCUGCCAAGGUGUCUGUGCUACAGUGUGCCAACAAGGGUCGAGCUAAAGGCUCCAUCCGCCGCAGGCCCCAGACCAGGGCAGCACGGCAGAUGUCAGCACAGAGCUCCGUGGACCAGAAAAACCAGGGAGAGGACCCGGCCGGACACAGCCCAACCCUACCUCAUCCAACCCAGGGAGCAGGGAGGAACCCUACUCCCAAACAGGACCUCUUCCAGGAUGAAGGGGAGACGACCCCCAAAGCUCACAAAGACAAAUCUCUGGAUUCCAGCCUGUUUGACGACAAAGUUGACAUCUUUGCUGAUUUGACGGCCACUUCAAAACCAAAAGAGGUUCAAGAAGGCGGAGACUAAAUCCAUAUUUCAUAAUGAUAUGGAUGACGUCUUCUCUCCCAGCACUGUGAAGCCAAUGGCCAAGCAGCCUCCAUCCAAGUUCAGGAAAAGCCCUCCCUCCCAGGACACCAGUGCAGCGGACGGCUUGAGCAACAUCUUCAACGACCCUCUCGAUGCUCUGGGUGGGAACUGAACCGUGGACUGUUCCUGAUUAACUAAAACUCUGUGUCCCAAAUGGCACCGUAUUCACAAGAUGGUUACUUUUGACCAGGGCUCAUAGUGCACACCCUAUGUGGGGAAUAGGGUGCCAUUUGGGAUGCUGUCACUAACUGUACAAUUGUGCAGAAAAUGUUGUUGUUUUGGAGGGCUGAAAAAGGGGUUGGAGAUAUUAACACUGUUCUUAUAGAGACUAUUUCUAUAUCGAGACUAUUUCUAUAAAAGCAAUCCAUCAAUCGGCAUAACCUCGGAUGGAAAAUUCAACCCAGGAUAAAGAUUUAAACCCAUCUCUGAUUGAUAACAAGUAACUAUUUGUCUUUAUUUAAUGUCCAUGGUAGCAGGGCUUAGCCAUCAUUUGGCCAGCUGCUAAUAAAGAAAUAGUCAAUGAUUUAUACAUGUAGUUGAGUUCUGGGUAUGUGGUUUAACAUUGCCAUUCUGAGAUUACAUGUCACCAUCGGGCUGUGCCAUAUCACCGUUAUGAAAUCAUUGUUUGUUUUUCAAUUCAUAUGAAAUUGUUACAUUUUGUUAACUUUGCCUGUGAUAAAUGACAAUGGAUUAUUUUUUUCAAUAAUUAAAUUAUAUUUUGCUAAAU